CUGGCCCUGAAAGAUUUUCAAGAUCAGGACAUCGAAGCCGUGUUAAAGAGACCGGCAUUUUGUAAAGAGAAACGACAUGAAAACAAAGAGUUGGAGCUCUUUUGCAAGGACUGUAAAGUCGCCAUCUGUAACACUUGUGCUGUAACACUCCAUGAAGUUCAUGGUAAGAUGCUUUUGGAAGAAGCUACAGACGCGCGCAAGACUCAGAUCAACUCCAUGACUCAAUCCUUAAUAGAAAAAGCACAGGAAAAACGCAAAGAACUCGAGCAAUUGAGCCAAAAGAGCACGGACAUUACACUCCAAGUUGCCGACUUUAAAAGACAAGUGCAGACGAAUGUGGAUCAAGUUAUUGCAAUCAUCGAAGCGAGGAAACACGAUGUUUUUGAUGCAGUCGAUAAUCAAGCGAAGAAAUCACUGGAAUCUCUCUCACAGAAAAAAGACCAAGUUGAAAAUCAUGUGAAAUUAAUUGAAUCGGCAAUUGAACAAACUAAAGCUCUUGUGAAACGAAGCUUUAGUACUGAAAUCCUUGGAUUCAGUGAAACAUUUGAUACAAUCCUGAAGGAACAGGGCACCCAACAAAACCGUGACACUGAAUGUAUUCCUCGGUUUAGUUUCACUAAAAGUGAAAAACUGAUUAACGUGUUGAACAGUGAAGGGAUAGGUAAUGUAAAAACUGUUUCUAGCGAAAAGAAAGUGCAGCAAUCAGGAACUAAAGAUAAAGAAAGUAGUAAAGUAAAUGCUGGGAAUAAAGGGGCAAAUGUUCGUGACAGUCCUCUUGAGACUCAGGUACAAACCAGGUGCCUCAGAUCUGUGCUGUCAUUUGGACAAAAAGGUAAGUCUGUUGGAAUGCUUCACGGGCCCUGUGGUUUGGCAGUGAAUGGUCAUGAUGAAAUUGCUGUGACUGAGUACUCGAACCACAGGGUUUCAGUGCUUAGUAGUGACGGUACCCACUUAAGAUCGUUUGGUAGGGAGGGUAACAACAAUAGUGAGCUCCAGUUCCCUAGAGGGAUCGCUUUUGAUCGUCAUGGUAAUAUUGUAGUGACAGACAGCGCUAACAACAGGGUGCAAGUCUUUGAUAGGAAUGGUAACUUUCUUUGUAAGUUUGGUGAACAAGGAAGUCUUGAUCAUCAGCUUCAAUACCCUGAAGGUUUAUCAAUAAACGGUAACGGUGAUAUUAUUGUUACUGAUCCGGGUAACAAAUUAAUCAAGAUAUUCUCUUCUAGUGGGGAGUAUUUACGUAAAUUUGGUGGAGCAGGUUCUUUGGUCAAGCCCUAUCACUGUAUCCAACAUGGUCAAUAUUUUAUAGUCUCAGAUUGCGGUGACCAUUCCAUUAAAAUGUUUAACCUGGAAGGAAAGUUUAUUUCUAAAUUUGGAAAACAGGGAAACAAAGAUGGAGAGUUCGAUUGGCCCCGUUACUUGUCAGUUAACAAAGAAGGAUUACUAAUGGUUUGUGAUGGGGGGAAUCAAAGAGUUCAAGUGUUUGAACUGAUCAUGAGUGGAAAGUUUGUUACAAACUUUGGAAGUGAAGGUAGUGAGAGUGGAGAAGUUAAUUGUCCAGUGUCUACAGCAAUUCUUAGUGAUGGAAGAAUAGUUGUGUGUGAAAUGUUUAACAACCAAAUCAAGGUAUUUGAGCAUUAAUAAAAUAAUCUCGCCUGCGAAUACAACCGGCUCUCCUCGCUCCUCGUCGUUAGGGACCUUUCGUGGGAAACGUCUCUGCCGCGAAACUUUCUAAUAGUGGCGAGGAGCGAAAUAAUCCUACCUUUAAUGUAAGACUUGAGAUUCACCAGUUCACCAUCAUAUAUUGAUCAUUAGAUCCACAGUUCAUAUUUCUGGAGGAAAUCAAUUUUGUGCGAUUAUUUUGUUUAGACGUUUUGAUACUCGUCGAAAUUGAUGUAUUAUGUUCUCCUUGUAACUAUAUUUUGGCCAUAAAUGAUAUGGAUUUCCACUGUCGUGUAAAAGUUGGGUUUAAAGCGCGUUAAUGGAAUACUUGGAAAGAAAAACUGCAUGCAUAUAUAGACUAGAUCCACAGUUUAUUUUGGUGAAAAAAAAAAAGCAAUUAAUUGAGGUAUUUUUCUCUUACAUUGUAAGCUCACUUAUUACUAAUUUGCAAAUACUUUACUUCAUAUCUAGAAAUAUUAUACUGUUCAAUAUUUACCUACAUUUUUGUAAGUGUGAUUUUUUAGUGUGUUUUAACCUGUUCCGCGAGCACAACCUGAAUGGUUCACGUUUUGUAACUAAACGUCAUGUUUUUACCUACCUUUUUUCAGUAGCAACAGAUGUACAUAUUCCUUAAAAAGCAAAAUACUUUUCCCUGUCAAUAACUCAAGUCGAUUUUUUUGUCUAAAUAAACAACAGUGUAAAUGAUUUGUUCCUUUUAUUCGAUGGGUCUCAAUGAAAUAACGUGCGCGGGAAAGUCAAGAACGGCACUUAACAGUCUUGCUUUUAGCUUCCUAAACAAAGAUAGCAGUGUCGUUGGAAAUUACUGAAGGCCUCCUCUUCCCCCAUUUUGUCUCAUUACUGCGCCACCUUUGCUGCCCUAGGUACCUUACUAAAGGGGGCCACACGCGAACCCCUUGCCCCACCCCUGCGAGUUGAAAUUUAUAUUGCGAUCGGAUUUAACAAGAAAUCCACCCCAAAUUCCAGAUGAUAAUUAUUCCUUGAAGUUCCCUAGUGUGGCUUAUGCGCUUGGUAACCUGAUGAUUCGGGACAAAAGUAGUUGGAAAGGUUGGGGAUAUAACAAAACAAUUACAUACGCACAAACACUUCAGUUUUGUACAGCAUUGGGCAUAGACUGCAAGCCGUCGGGUUUUUUUUUCUUCUCAAAAUCGGUUUAGCGGACGGUUUAGCGUAGUUUUAGCGUCUCUCCCCAGUCUCGCUCCAGAUAUUUUGUUCGACAGCUCGCUCGGCGUACUCAUUUGUAGCAAUAAAAGGAGGCCUCUAUCUUUUUUCAGUAAGGAAGAAGGUAGCCAGCACCAGCCGAUCUCUUACUAUUUAGAUUUUAGUUUAUUAAGCAAAGAAAAGAUAUUUACAUUAACCUAGACGGGAACACACGCAAAAGUACAUAGUUUAGAGUCGUGUUUUGUUUUACAGUUGCGAUCUUCUUCUUCUUGUUCGGGUUGACCGUUAGCACAAUGUGUGUAAACAUGGUUUUCGAAAGUAGUGGUUAAAAACCUAAAACUGAUUUUAUCUUAAUGGGACAAUUUAAUGUACAAAAAAGAAAAACAUAUGUUGCUGUUGUUACUGUUACUGUUACUGUUACUGUUUCUGUUAUUGAAGGUCGCCCGAAAGAUGUCUUUCGGUGAGUCAUUAUUAUCUUAUUAUAUUUUUUACAUGUCAUAGAUGAUAUUUGAAAUAAUAUUUAUGUCGUCGUUGUUUCAAAUUUGUAAUUCACUUUCCUUCAUGUUGUCGUGGUUUGAAAAUUCCCCGGGGAAAAAGAAAAUUUGCUGUGCUUCGAAUGUUGUUGUGCUUCGAAUGACAAAAUACUAUUUCCUGUAAAUAACGCAAGUGGAUUUUUUGUCUAAAUAAACAAGCGUGUAAAUGCUUUGUUCCUUGUAUUCGAUGGGUCUAAUUGUAUGAAAUAACGUGCGCGGGAAAGUCGACAACGCCACUUAACAGUCUUGCUUUUGACUUCCUGUGUCAAGCGCUUAAGAGGAAAACUAAACAAAGAUAGCAGUAGCGUUGGAAAUCGCAAAGCAAAGGCCGCCUCUCUUCCCACUUUGUCUCAUUACAGCGCCACCCUUGCUCCCCUAUGUACCUUACUAUGGGGGCUACAAGCGAACCCCCUGUCCGCCCCUUUGAGGCUUUCGUCGAGUUGAAAUUUAUACUCUGACCGAUUUAGCAAGAAAUUCACCCCAAACUCCAAAUAAUAGUUAUUCCACGAAGUUCGCUAGUGUGGCUUAUGCGCUUGGUAACCUGAUGAUCCUGGACAAAAGUAGUUGGUAAGGUUAGGGAUAUAACAAAACAAUAGACCUUUUUACCGAUACGACGGCCAUAUCGAAUUAAUUAGAUUUAAGGAGUAUUAUAGGAUGCCCAGGGGGCAUGAGCACAUUUCGUUUGUAUUUUCGUGCGCUUUUCGGGACAUUUUUUCUUAAAGUUUUCUUAGCAUAAGAUUGUAAUGGGAAAAAAGAUCCUUGUGCUGUAUUUCGGUGUAAUCAUGAUCGCCUUUUUCUAGUUUAGUAUUAGAAAUAUGGUCUUGUAUUGUAUAUUUCUCGGGGAAAUAAUGUGAUAAUGAUGACAUGAGACCUUUUUUUGGACUGCUCGCGCGGCGUACUUGAAUACGCAAAAAUAACGUGACUGUUUUGCAGUCUACAUUGGGGAAGGGGCAGAGGAAAUAAGGGGAAAAGAGGUAAAAAAUAGUGUCCUCCCUACACACUUUUGACGAUUGUCCCACUGAGGGUUUGAGUUGCACUCAACAUUCCUUUUUAAGCUGGCUAUCAAAUAAAUGCAGCUUUACAUGCCUUGAAACUGAAGUGGGAAGGGGUUCUUUGUUUAUUAUGAUUGAAAAUUUGUAAGACAAGCGAUGGAGCAAAUGACUUAAUUACAGUCAGGAAAUUAACCUAAAAUAUUUCAUGAUUGCAGGUUUUACUGCAAUAAUUGUUCUAAUUGAAGCUCCUGUUUUGACUCGUCCCCAGUCAUCUUCGUGUAACGCGCGGCGGGAGCAGGGGGUGAUCACACCCCUUGCGCCACUAAGGAGAGACAGAGAGACAGAGACCCGGGGGGCACUCCGCAUAUGAAAAGGGUGGGGGCGCUCAUCGUCUCGCUUAGGGGGUGUAAAUUUCGGAUUUUGGUCUCACUUAGGGUGUUCUGGGCAAAACACCAUCAUAUUUAGCCGUGAAGGUCUCAUUUAGGGUUGCAUGCAAAAAAAUAUAAAUAUAUGUGUAUACGUAUAUUGUCUGUGUUUUAACAUAGUCUCUUUUAGGGGUCAACAAAAGCUUGGGCCACGCCCAGAUCGGUCUCUUUUAGGGGUUUAAUUCAAAAUUUUCCUACGAGCAUCCCCACCCCUUUCAUAUGCGGAGUCCUCCCACCCCCCCCCCCCGGAGAAAGAAAAGACCGGGGACGGGGUAGCAUCCUCUUAAUCUUUAACAACAACAGUAUCAUGAACAGCGACAACACUUUAUCGAAUUUGAAAAUAAUUUAUGACCGUGUUACCGACAAUUAGCGAAGCUAUUCCAGGUGGGUAACACUGAUAAAACAAUAGUCUCCUUGAGUAAAUACAAAGUUCUAAAAAAAAGAAAGUGCGUAAAGCAAUUGUAGCGGCGUUGAGGGUUCCUCCUGUUCAAAGUUGAUCGACCAGAAUCGGUACACCUUUCGUGGACGCGCCUUUCUCUUCCUCUAAAAGAGUUUCUUCUUGAUCUCACCGGACACGUGCACACCACUGACAUCUUAAUAAGUAAAACGCCCGUAGCUGACAAGAGCGAGGAGAAAAGGCUGUGUUCGCAGGUUAGAUAAACCAGACGAAUAUAAGUCUAGUCCAGAUGAUAAAAAAAUUCGUCUUCGUCUCCUUGGUCAGUACAGUGUCAGUCGGCGCGAAAUCACACCCAGUCUAUCUGGCGAUAAUCCAUUCAAUUGAUUAUACAUGCACAAAGUUGACUACGCAUGGCAAGAACUUGUUUGACAGCUCAAAGCCGGAUAUGUCGCUACAAAGACGGCCUCAUUCCAAUUGCAGAAAUGAAACUCUUAGUAGUAGUUUUAAUCAUUCAAACUGUAGCCGUUUAAAAACUGAAUCUACUGAAUUGAAAAACAAAAUCACGGGUUAGUCGAUGUAGUCGAUGUAACUCUUUGUACGGUUCGUGCGAAUUAGAAAUUCUGAUAACGUAUUCAAAGUAUAUCAUCAACUUCUUUUGAAUAUACAUCGAGGUUUUUUAUCGAGGGAGAGCCCGUUUAAAUAGGUGAUUAAGGACGUCAAUUUGACUGAGCCAUUAUUAUUUUUAGGUUCUCCGCCUAGGUAUGUUGAUGAAUCUGCUAUACUUGCUUAUUUACUUUAAGCUUUAUUUUUUCACAGCGUGUUUUCAGCUUAUCAGCUUCACUGCUUAACAAUUAACUGCUUUUUUUUAAAAGAAUUUAAGUAAACUUGAGGUGGGCCAACUAAGACCAACUAAAACAAUAGAAGCUCUUCCCCUCCCCUCCCCUUCUAACGUCUCAUAAAGGUUAUCUCUUUGCCCUUACCCACCCCUUCCCCCUGUUCCUAGGCUACCUACCCAUCUCUUGACAUUUUUCGAAAAGUACAAGCCUGCGAAUACAGUCGUCUAUCCUCGUUCCUCUCUGCUCUUGGACGUUUGCCUAGCCGCAAAGAGCGAGGAAAAUGAGAGAGCUGUAUUCGCUAUCUAGACAAGUAAACAGUAAAUACUUGCCUUAUGACGGUUUGGAUAAUAAUCACAAGAGGUUUUAGGGUAAUCACUUACAUCCUUACAGUCGCUUUGUUUUAUCGCUGGAAAUUUCUUCUCAACAGCGCGCGGUCUCAUUGGUUGCUCCGAGGUCACAUGACAUCUAACAAUGAAACUGUUUCCAGACAAAAUCUCUGAGCGAGGGUACAAUGCAAAAAAAAUCAAGACGUCAGAGGGUAACAAUUUCCAGCUACAUAACACAUCACUUAAAGACUGGUCCCUCGGGAAACAGUAAAUUUUGUUUCCCUGGUGACCUAGUCUAGCCUGUUCACAGACCCUCUAUUUUCUCUUCAAAGUCCGUCGACCGCGCGUGAUAAAAUAUAACCGCGGGAGAUUUCUUUCUCGCGCUCCCCGCUCGUUCUCGUGCGCUCGCGAGCGAGCUCGCCGAUGUUUUUGAAAAGAACGAAAAGAAAAAUAAAACAACGUCUGUUUACAGGCUACUGGCGACCAGUCAUUGUCAGUUGUGAUCGUUUCUGAUUGUGACACAAAACCUCAACUGACAACCUCGUUGAUUGCUACCCACGAAGCGGGAUUCACCAAAAUUUAGGGCGCGGAAUGUGGGAUUUUUUUCCCUCUCUGUCGGGAACGGGAAAUCAUGACGACUCAAUACGCGUUCUCGGCGGCAAAUGCGAUCCAACAAGGCGAGCGUUCAGUUGUGUCUCCUAUCAACUGAGUAAAAUAUAUAAAGUGAUCUGGUUAAUGAUUGUCUAACUGAAAUGUUCAGGUAGUGAACAGACGAGCUGAGCGGACAGAAGAACCACUAUUUCAACCAGAUGCCAAGAAAGUGCGCGUGGUGCAAUAGCAGUAGUCUAGUUAAUGAAAUUUUCCUUCUAUUCUAAAAAAAACGCCUGAUCGCAGGUUACCUUAAGUACAUUCAUAGUUUUGGUGUCGUUCUUUCUUACAGCCACAGCCGAGUCUGCUAGCGCCAGAAAAGCUUAUUCCAGAGGUCCUCCGCUCUAUUUUGUGCCACCUUGGAACAGGCUAGCGCCAGAAGUAACCCAGCGAACCAAAAAACUAAAUGUUUUUUAUCCCGCUACGCAUCAAACACAAAGAGCUGUAGAGAUUCCAGAAGCAGUUUAAAAACUUCGGGGAGUUAAGGUGAUGUUACACGAUGAUGAUCAGCGCAACGACGAUUUUUAGCGCAAUGCUGCAUUACAACAUUGCUGCGACAUUGUUUCGAAUGGUUGCAACAUUGUUUCAACGUUCCAAUGCUGUGUUGCAGGAAAAAUUGUCCUUACGAAUCUUCUCGUGUAGCAUUACCUUUAGAGCAAAUCACAAAGAGUAAAGGCCUAAGAGACUUUUCUCGUGAGAACGCAAGUUUAAAGACGGUGACCAUGAAAAAGCUGCCAACAACAGACCGUUAUCUCUGCUAGCCGUAGCUUCAAAGGUCCUCGAAAGGAUUGUUUUGAAUCAGUUCAGCGCCUAUCUCACAAAAACAACCGCCUUACCUCACACCAAAGCGGCAAUAAAAAAGCUCAUUCUACAGAGACCUUAAACAUCCUGCUCACGGAUAAGAUACUCGAAGCAAUGGAUAAAAAGCAGAUAACAGCACUACUACUAUUAGAUCUAUCCAAAGCCUUUGACAGUAUAGACCACGCAAGACUCAGAUCAACUCCAUGACUCAAUCUUUAACAGAAAAAGCACAAGAAAAACGAAAAGACCUCGAGCAAUUGAACCAAAAGAGCGCGGACAAGUGAAGACACAUGUAGAUCAAGUUAUUGCAAUCAUCGAAGCGAGGAAACAGGAUGUUUUUGAUGCAGUCGAUAAUCAAGUGAAAACAUCACUGAAAUCUCUCCCACACAAAAAAGAUGAAGUGGAAAAUCAAGUAAAAUUAAUUGAAUCGGCAAUUGAACAAACUAAAGCUCUUCUCAAACGAAGCUUCAGUACUGAAAUCCUUGGAUUCAGUGAAACAUUUGAUGCAAUCCUACAGGAACAGGGCACCCAAGGAAUCCGUGACACUGACUGUAUCCCUCGGUUUGGUUUUACUAAAAGUGAAAAACUGAUUAACGUGUUGAAAAAUGAAGGGAUAGGUAAUGUAAAAACAGUUUUAACCGAAACUAAAGUGCAACAAUCAGGAGCUAAAGGUAAAGAAAGUAGUAAAGUAAUUGCUGGGAAUAAAGGGGCAAAUGUUCGUGACAGUCCUCUUCAGGCGCAGAUACAAACCAGGCGCUUCAGAUCCGUGCUGUCAUUUGGACAAAAAGGUGAGUCUCUUGGAAUGCUUAAAUAUCCCUGGGGAGUGGCAGUGAAUGAUCAGGAUGAAGUUGCUGUGACUGACUGCGGUAAUGACAGGGUUUCAAUGUUUAGUAGUGACGGUACCCACUUAAUUUUAAGAUCGUUUGGUAGAUACGGUAAGAAUAAUGGUGCGUUCUGGACUCCUACAGGGAUCGCUUUUGAUAGUCAUGGCAAUAUUGUAGUGGCAGACUCUGGUAACCACAGGGUGCAAGUCUUUGAUAGGAAUGGUAACUUUCUUAGUAAGUUUGGUCAACAAGGAAGUCGCGAUAAUCAGCUUAAAUUCCCUGGCGGUUUAUCAAUAAACGGUAACGGCGAUAUUAUUGUUGCUGAUACCGGUAACCAAUUAAUCAAGAUAUUCUCCUCUAGUCGCAGCUGUUUGCGUAAGUUUGGUGGAGCAGGUUCAUUGGUCGCUCCCUUUCACUGUAUCCAACACGGUCAAUAUUUUAUAGUCUCAGAUUACGGUGAUAAUUCCAUUAAAAUGUUUGAUCUUGAGGGAAAAUUCAUUUCUAAAUUUGGAAAACAGGGGAACAAGGAUGGAGAGUUCAAUCAGCCCCGUUGCUUGUCAGUUAACAAAGAAAGAUUGCUAAUGGUCUGUGAUUCACAAAAUCACAGAGUUCAAGUAUUUGAACUGAGUGGAAAGUUUGUUACAAAAUUUGGAAGUGAAGGUAGCGGGAGAGGAGAGUUUAAGAGUCCAUUUUCUACAGCAAUUCUUAGUGAUGGAAGAAUAGUUGUGUGUGAUUGCAAUAACCAUCGAAUCCAGGUAUUUCAGCAUUCAUGA